CUCGCAGCCGCGGCCAGUUCGAUAAAAAUCAGUCGUUCACGGGGGCUGUUUUAGCGUGGUGUGUCCGUGUCGCGUUGUGGAUACAGUACCGUUCGCGAGUGAAAAACUUAAUUGUCAGUGAUUAAUAUCGGUUACGAGGGAGAAACGACGCGGGAGGUCUUUGGUAACGCGAGAACGCAUAACUGGCGUCGUCAAGAUAUAUAUUUAGACGCGUAGGCGUUUGUACCUUGUAAAAAGAUGUUUACGAAAAUUCAUUGAGAACAAGGGGAAUAUCCAUUGAAGAAAUUCGUGCUUAAAGCGCGACGUCGAUUCACGUCCUCGCGUGCUUUACGAGUAUCACAGAACAUUCAUAACACUCCUCGAUGCUGCUAUCAAUCAUUCACCACUUCCUGUCCGGCCAACCUACAAAUCCUUGCGGAUGCUAUCAGGAAAUUUUGUUCAUGCCACUUCCGAGUGUGUCCGCUCCAAGUACGAGAGGCUGCAGGUUAUCUGCUAGCUCCCAUUGAUUGUUAUCGUUUGUCGUGCUGCAUCUCCAAAGAGCUUUAAGGCCAGCCUAACCUUCAGCAGGCACUUUUGAACACUGUACGUGUAACUAGUGGGAAUUUAUAAGGAUCCCUAACGAAUCUGUGACGUAUUACUUACCUGGGAUAGAAGAAGUUCAGACCCUUUGGAUUUUACGAAAUCGUAACCGUCAAUCGAUAGUCUGCGCUCCUCAGCGAAAAUUAGGAUUAUCAGCUGCCAGAGAACCAUAGAGACUCACUAGACGAGCAUAACGAGGCGCACUUCCGCUUGUUAAUGGAAUACCGGCUUUUAUACAUAGAUACUAUAAUAUCAGACUAUACGAAUCAUCGAUUAAACCAUCCAUGCUGAUUUUAAUAAGGAGGGUUAUGGCAAAUGGUAGCAACCAGCAGCAUGGUGUAUGAGGAGAUCGUGGGAGUCCGGGGCAGCUGACCCCAGCCUCCGCGCACUCUUUUCACGCGCGAGAUGCCCCACAAUCUGAACUCCACAUCCGCCAACUCCGCUAACACGGGCCCCAACCAUCAGCCCUAUCCUCCAUCUCAGCCUUAUCAUCGGAUCAAUGGGGAUGGACUCCAGCCCGAGAAGGAGCCGGUGGAGUUCGACACAUCUCAUCUACGAGGUGCACCGGCGGAAGUGGAGUCACUGGUCCACAAUAUCAAGGAAGUCGCACAGCAGUUUCUCUACCACUGGAGAACAUUCCCAAUUGUCCUACCGCCGCCUCUGUCAACGUGCACGGAUGGCGAGGACACCCUGGCCAGGAAGAAGCAUCACCUCAGGGACAUGUUCGUUGCUCCCAGCUUCGAUGAGCUCGAUGCUGUUGCCGUGGAUAGUAAGGGCGAACCUAGGAGGCUCACUAAUAAGCAACUGGAAAGCAUAAGGGAACGAGGCUUGCACAAGGAUAAGUAUGGAAAGCCGAAGAAGCUGAAUGCCACUCAGUUGGAGAGCAUUCGGAGAUGCGGGGAAUUCGAGGUAGACUCCAUUAACUUUGCGGGUCAGACACAUCGAUGGAGAUUGAGUGCCCUUUUGCAACGGGGACGGGAUAGAAGGUACGAAGUACUCCUGAGGGAUCUUGCCCUGGCGACCAGGUUCCUCGUGGUGACCGCCAGGGCACGACUGGUUUCGCAUUGCUUCAGCGUGUCCCAGUCUCUCAGAGCUUUGUUGACGGGUCUACUGAGACUUCUUGAUAUUAUCAUAGGGGUGCCGUCGCUGCAGGCACAGAAUUUGGAUGCAAAAAUUCGAGAGGAACGUUGUCGCUAUCUUGUAGCUGAAUUGGUGUGCAGGCCGGAGUACGAAGACUCAUUGGAGUUGCUCUGCGGCUUUGUGAGAAGACAACUUCGUCGAGCUGCCAUGGAGAAGUUUGAGGUUGAACGUGAAUCCUCGCAACUUCUACCAGUGCCGGUUCCCUUUGUUUUUGGUACGCCCAGCGGAGCGGCUGUUGAUCUCAGGCUCUUUAGCAGGGAUAUCAUCAGGAAGGCACUUCCGACGCUUGUCGCUAUAUUGGAGAGAGAGACUAGAGGCUGGUUCCUUCACUUCCGAGAGCGGCUUAUCUCGGAAUUGAGGGCGCAGAAGAAACCGGACGAGGAAAUUGAACGGGAAGUAAACGAAGCUGUGAUGCGGGAGUAUCUUCAGCGAGUGUAUUCCAGUAUUCUUUCUCAUCCCGACAUACUCGCCCUGGGCGAAGGAAUCGCGCAGCUCCUGGUGCAGCAGGCACAGUCCGUCGUCCUGAUGCACAGGGCCGUGGAAAACGUACAGAGAAAGUUGACGCAGACCAAAGAUUCUUUACGCUCGCGCAUGGAAAGGGAACAUCCGGUUCUUUCACGUAUACGGCCGUGGAUGCGUGAUCGAAUGCGCGAGGCUGAGGCAAACUUUAUCGAGGAAUGCGAAUGGAGCGCCCACGAGGAAGCCCUGGCACUCUGCAGUCAUCAGAAUCUUCAGCAGACUGUUUAUUUCCUCUAUCGUGAUUUAACCUUCAUGAAAGAAAGAGAACCGGUACUCCUCAAGGAACUGCGCAAGGUCAAAACACCCACCAGGAGCUUUCAGUGGCCCACGCAAAUUUGGUUACCAAGAAAUUGGAUCGUCAGACGCAGCUUCCAAGGACAAUCGGAAAUUAUACCAACUGUACUCAGCAAUACACCGACAUCCAUUACCACUCCACGCGCAGAUCCUAGUCAGCCGGUGUUCCUGGUGGAGCGAGAAGUGGUACACACUACCACGACUAGGUGGCCGAUGUGGCGCUGGAUAAAUUACAUAGCAAGAACAUGGUGUUGGACCUGGAAUGCCAUGUUUUUACUCGGUGUGGCAGUACCCUGGUGUAGUCCUGUGUCUCUAAGAGCUCUACUCCUCGUACAGCCAUUCACACCAGAUCUGGAGCUUAGUCAGCUUAACGGAACUCUCUUUCCACGAAAAUCUUCUCAGACACCCACGCUUUGUUCACGGCUAGUAGCUCUUUGGCGACAUAUUAGCAAAAGCAGGACGCACUUCGAGACAGAACCGGAUACGGGCUUUAUUGGAAAGGGAAUGACAAGGCACGUGAAUAGAUUAUGGAACUAUGGAGUAAAGGGACUCCUGGGUACACUUGUCAUAUUAUUCAUCUUUCCUAUAGUCUGUGUCGUUGCCAGUUUUGGAUCCCUCGUGAUUGCAUUAACAGCAAUUAUGUGGAUGCCAUUAGUCACGCUGGCUCUUCAUAUGUUUAUGGGUCUCAUAAUGGAUCUGGACAGUCCAGAGUCAAGCAGAAAUCGAUAUCUGGUCGUUAUGGAGGCGUUGAUAUGGAACAUAGGAGCUCAGGGUUGCCUACAACCUGUAGCAGCUUUAAUCGUCGCUUUCGUAAUAUGUCCUAUCAUAUCCAUAACGAUUCUCACAAUUGCCGUGAUACGUUACUGGAUCAGAGUGGUGUGGGAUGCGGCCAUGUUCCAUCUGGUGAUAAAGAGCAGGGGCAGAAUACCAGCUAGCGACAGUUUCGUCGUUAAGAGAAUAGCUGGUCCGGGUUUGGCUUCCGAUUACUAUUACCAGAUAAGACCGGAACAAGCUCUGGCUGCAUUCGAGGCCAAGCUUGAAUUAGAUGAGCUUCUUGCCUUCCAACAAGAAACGGAAAGGUUGAUAACGCAACCGCAACGUGAUUUUACGCAAUUUGUGGAAGCCUGCUUUGGACCAUUCUCCGCAAGUCUCGCAAAGACAAAGGAUCCUUACAGAGCCCUCGAGAAAGAGGCUCGCGACCUGGUUGCAGUUUUGCACGAGAAGCUGGAUCGUCGUAGAAGGGACCUACAGACUGGGUUAGGUGUAGUCGUCAGAAGUAAAAUAAAACUUACGACCUUUAACCUAAAGGUUGUCAUACAGCAAGGAGCUCUAAUGCUGGAGCGCCUGUAUCCUACUCAUGUCUUUGCGCGUCUAGCCGGAAGUGAAGAGGAUUUCUGGGAAAACAAAGGAUUGGGUGUUGGCGAUUGGGCCGGACUGGCUGGUCUUAUGUAUGCCGACAUCUUUAGUUUAGAUUUUCUGCAGCCUCUCGAUGAUACCGAUACAAAGUUUAAACUUGAGCCGCAUCCUGGUGUCGACUUGUCACGUUAUACGGAUAUGGUGCACAGUACUGAACUCGGUGGUACCAACGGACCUGAUUUACUCGGUGCUGUUUACGCUCCGCGUGGAAAUAUUCAAGUUCACAGUCCCUAUCUGGAGGUUUCCGCUUUUAAUCCCCGAGCCAAACAGCCGAGUAACAGCAGAAAGUCCGAUAAGCGAUGUGACACUGGUGGUCUAUUGACGUCAACGCGAAUAAGACGACGCACUAUGUCAUCAAACGGCACAGGUGAGACCCGCUGGCAACCCUGGAAGCGCCAGAUGCGUCCCUACAGCGCUGAGAAACUACUUAUUCCACUUCCUAUUCCACAUCCUGCCCACAUUGCCGUAACCAUUCAUAACCGUGACUCUGAGGAACCUAUUCCAUUGGACUCUGAGAUCUGUCAGAACAUUCUACGAGCCAUCGAGGAAUCACCUGGCGAAAUGGCUACGGAGAGUGUCAGUCGUUACAGAGGUGGUGGCGAUUCGAGUUUUGACUCUGUCGCUUCGCAGUCUUCUGUCUCCAUUGAGACCAGAUUGGACAAGGACGCAGAGGCUCAAGAAAUCGGAAGCGACGAGAAGGAAACCGGUGAAACGUACCAUUGGACCUUGUCAAAUUGGGGCGGUGGAAUGGCACGAAGAAGAAAUAAUUCCGGCUCAAUAAAGGUUGAUCUAGCAUCUCCCGAGGAUGUCACCCUGGACACCGACACCACCAGAGUAAUGUUCAGUACGUACGGAACCACCGUGUAAAUUGACGCUCUGCCGUUUCGGAGUCUCGCUUCGUUUUUAUCCAAUGUAUAAGAUCGGCAAUCGUUAGGGGUUUGUCCCUUUUUUUUAGAUUAACGAGCGCGUCCUCGCUACAUUAGGAUGGACGAUACGCCUUAAGGCGUACUUCUUAAUCAGACGGAAAUCGAGAGACGAUGGCUACCGAACGCGAGGACAGAGAUUCUAGCUUUUUAUCCUUUUAAUUAUCACCAGGACGACUGAGUGAUCUCGGCUGCUGUUGCAACGAGGAAGCGAAUUGUAGUGUCGCGUAGUAAGUUGCAAAAAUGUCCAAUAACGGGACUAGAAUCUUUAGAGAUUCUAUGUUUCUUCUUCUGCAUUCUCUUUGAAGCUCAACAGCAACUUGUAGCCAUCGCUCAAGACGCAUUCUCGUCUUACCAGACGCAAUAGAAACAGCCAGAGUGCCAUGAGGAUGUCUUGGCCUUCUUUUUUUUUGUUUCCAUUUCUGAAAGUUCUAUCGACAUUCCCAGUAUCAUUUUAAAUAAUGCCAACUACCUGCUCUUUACGUAUGACUAUCCAACGAGUCAUUUGAUGUAAUUCAACGGUCAACGGAAAUUGAAUAAUGCAUGUGGAAUAUUUUACACAUGACACUUUGUGCAUUAACGAUCGGAACAGAAGGACUUAGUGUCGACGUUGAAGGACAUGUGUUGUAAACAGCUAUUAUUAUUUCUUAUUAAAUUCCUCCUGCGAAUUUAUGAUCGUUCUAUCAGCAUUAUUUUUACAUUAUCGCCAAUUUGGUCUAUAAUGUUUUUUAGUGUAGAAGGUGCUACGCGUGUUCGCACAAUAUCGACAGCUCAUUGGAGAGACUAGGGUGUCCGUUAUAAUUGCGCAAUUGUAAACGCUAAUAACAAGAUAAACGUAGUCAAAUAAUGACAAUGUUAAAAGGAAAGAGAAAGAAAGAAUAUCGAAGAAUUAAGGUCUUCUGACCUGCUUACCACUAACGAAUGAGUUAAUGCGCUACUCUAUUAAGUACAUACAGUAAAAUUCGCAUCGAUUUGAAAAAAAAAGGAAAAAUGUAUAUAGAUAGAUAAUUAUAUAUGGAGAUAUAUAUACGAGAUAAUAUUUAUUAAUUUUACGGCACUUUAAAAAGACACGUAGACAUACACACGCGCAUACAUGCUAUACUAUACUUCCUUAUUAAUACUAAUAUUGAUCGUUACAAUGAAUAGGAUCAUUCAAAAAUGAUAACGAAAGACACUGCUCUCUUUUAUCUACUUUCUCCAUGUUUCGCUGUUUCACAAAGUCAAAGUAGAUUCUGAUCAAAUUUACAUUUACACGAUGGAAGAAAAUUUUGAAAUUGUCUCAAAGACACUUCGCUCUGACAUUCAAUUGGUAUUAAAUUUAUCAAUUUUUGGAUACGCUACAAAAUUCUUCAUACAUAAUAAUAGAGGAGUCCUGCGAAUUAGUCCUAUAAUAUUAUACACUAAAUAAUAACGAUGUCAUUAACAUACUGUAGAUAGAGCACAAUGAACAAUGAAGAAGAAAAGAAAAAGUAAGCCAAGAAUUUUGAAGUAAUACAAAAACUGUAAUUGACGCUAGCGUGAUUCGUCAUUCAGAAUGAUCCAGUGAUGAUUUUGGACGAGUUCACAAUGUAUGACGAAUUAAAAAAAAACCAGUGUGUGUCUAUUACCUACUAUUAUUCAAGAAAUGGCUAAUAUUUCCAAUCGAUCUUAAUGCCUCGUGAAACGUAAAGAUUAGGGUUAGUCUAUAAGUAUCAGAACUUGUUCCCAGAUCCAAAUGGUACUUGCUUCAAGUCCCAUUGGAAUCUGUCACUUUGUCUCUUUACUGUAGAGUAUCAAUCACAAUCUCUAUUUCGAUGUUCGAGAAAGGAAUAUCGGUAAUAUAUGUAAAUGCGCAAUGUACGAGAUUACUAAGCGUUGAAGAAAGAAAAAAUAUGGUGGAUCAUUUAGAAAAGUAUUUUUCUGGCAUGGAAAUAGAUUGCGGCGCGAUAGGCAUUAUAUCUGUAAAAGCGUAAUUAAAAAAAACCGUACUGUCAGUGAAAUAGUAACGAAAUAACGUAUGAAAAAAAUGACGCAAUUACUGCUGCUUGGAUACAUUCCUAAUAUUAAGUAACUUUUUUCCAAUUUAUUAGAACAAACUGCCCUCGUCGAUCGUUUCCGUUUGCUGUCAGCCUGAUACUAUCUGAGAGUAAUGAUUUCUCAUAGUAUUCCUAGAUCAGGAUCUAUAUACCAUAUACACAAUAGUACUACACUACUAUUGCUCUCUGAGCAUUCUCUAUGAUAAUCUUGUUCCAGAUCACAAAGCAUUACGACAUUAAUUACAAAUCCACGCGAUUAUUCCAUCCAGAGAGUAACACCCUUACGAACUAGGAAUUUAAAUAACGUCCAUCUUGACACAAGCCAGAAUAAGUAAUAGCCGUUACCCAACGACUAUGUUUGAAUAGAUCAAUUUUAUUACCAAUGAAGAUAAAUAAAAUGAAAAGUAUUUAAGCGGGCUUGACAGCAAGCAGGAUUUAAUUAUUAGAUAUGUAAGGAUCAAUUUUAGAGAAUGUGAGUGAGUGCAAGAGUGAGUGUGGAGUAGAAAGAAAGGACUGAUGUAUGAGUGUCGAAAAAGAGAAAGAGAGAAAGAGCCGUUGAAUCAAACAUUAAAUUACAUUAUAGAUUAUAGGUCCAUAGAAUAAUAACUUUGGUAUCGUAAAUAUUACAUUAUAUGAUAUCAAUUCAUGUACUCUGGCAUAAGAAUUAUUAUUCUAGAUCCUUGGAUUACCGUUUUACAUUAUAUUUCUUUUAUUUUUCUUUAUUUUAAACUCCACUCAUUAUUGUACCAAUCAGUCGAUACACGUAGAAGCGUUAACGUCCUGUAAUUAUUAAUUACUGGUUAUUAUUGAUAAUUACAAUUUUCGGCGUCGGUAGCAUUGUUUCGUAAAAUUCUUGAGAAGGAUGGGAUGUAUUUUUUUUAUUUUAGUAUCAUAAAACAUGAAGUAUUACUGGGACGUUAUUGCUUCGGGGAUUACCCAAUUAUAUUUGACGUUCACAAGAUUCAAUUUAAGGACUAUUGAAUAGCGCUCGUAGAUUUCUAAUAUAGAACGUUGGAAUAUAGCGCUUUUUUCUUACCUGUAUUUUCCUGUUGGAUUUGACAAAGCGCGAAAUGGAAAUACAACUAUCGGUAAUUUCCUGUGGAAUCUGCGAGGCGAAAGAUUCUUAAGGAGAUGAAAUUAUCGUAGACAAAAUACGAAAUUCAGGUUAUUUAGUCCCAGUGUGAGGAAACAGAUACGAAUAUUAUUUUCAUACACAGCAAAGACGUGGCAUACCUAUUUUGAUCGUUAACAAUAUAUAACUUACUUUUUGUGUUACCUUAAUCUCGCACCAUAGCUUUGGUCUCCAUUUAAAAUCUCACUAAUCAAUUGUAUAUCUGCAAUACUAGUAUUGAGUCGUAGACUAAAGUAUUUAAUUUAAAAUUCUAAAAAUUAUGGUUAAUUCUACUCUUCUCUGCGACUUGAGAAUGUAAAGAGAAGAUCGUCGCUGAACUUUCUUUAUCUUAUUCAAGUAAUAGCAUAAACACCUCCCAUGUUAGCAUAAUAUAUCAAUAACAAUACGAUAAAAACACUAGCAAUGACGUGAUCGUAUUUCAUAGCGAGAAGAAAGUCUCGGUUACGCAUAGUAAUAUUUAUUAUACUUUAUUACAGACAUAAACAGGACGCCUCAUUGAUCCGUGCACAUCUUCACGUCAAAAAAAAAGCCACUGUACGUUGCGUUGUACUAUUGUAUUUAAUUACUUACGUUUUGUACACAUUAAACAUGAAUGUGAUAAAAGGAAGAUUAAAGGAAGAAAAA